CGUUUCGUCCGGGGUGCUGCCGGCCGUCAGUUACUCAUGAGCAGUGGAACAGUGUGAAUUCAAAUUUCUUGAUGCGGAAAACAGAUUGCUGCAAAUGUCGUGUUUUCUUAACAAUAAAUAACUGAGAGGGAGAAAAAAAAUAUAAUAACAAAUAAAAAAACAAAAACAAGCUGCAAAUUUUUGAAAACAAGCGAAAACGUGAACUCAUUAUUUUUUGCAAGCUAAACAUAGUUGACGUGCUGUAAAUUGCGAGCAAAAAAUAUUAGCUAAAAGUAAAAUUUGAAAAUUGUUAAAUAAUUAAAAGAACAAAAACAUUACUGAGUGCGGCUGAUAGUGACGUGUAUGCUCAACUAUUUUUGGAAAUAUUUAAAUUGCACAGUUACAUACAUACAUAGGUAGCACACCUGAUUCGUUCCCAACGUACGCGAAGGGGAAAAAAUACGGUAAAACGUGAAAACGCAAUAGACGAGUAUUAAAGCAGGAGGAAGCAAGGCUAAAGCAGCGUGUUUACCACGUUGAAAACGUACAAAGCACAAACAACAACAACACUGUAUACCAAAGGGCAACGACGCACAGUGUCAGUGAUCGAUGUCGACCCUACAAACGGCCUCUAUCGAGGAAAUUCGUGCACUUGCUGCUCGCUUGUGUCGCGAUUACUUGACUGGCCGGUGGAAAACGAUCAACCAGGCUGAUAUCGUUGUCAAAAAAAUUAACGGCGGUUUGUCAAACUUCCUGUAUUACGUAAGUCUACCGUCGAGUGACAAUAACUUCCAGUUUAUCCAAGAUCAUUCCAGCGUAAAUUUAAAUGGAGAGGAUUAUAUUAAAUUAAAUGGUGAUAGUACUGAUAAUGACAGUCUCAAUAACAAUAACAAUAAUAAUAAUGAUAAUAAUGAUGAGCAAGUGUCAUUAGCGACAAGAAAAUCGACCAGUGAACCAAAUGAGGUAUUGCUUCGCAUUUACGGCGAAGUGCAUGGCGAGGAGGACGAUGCUUUGGGUGCCAUUAUAACAGAAUCAGUGGUAUUCGCUCUGUUGAGCGAGCGCAACUUCGGACCCAAAUUAUAUGGAAUUUUCCCUGGUGGACGCCUGGAGCAAUAUAUAAAUGCGCGCGCGCUGCUCACGCGAGAAUUGGCAGUACCGAAAAUCUCAAAGAAAAUUGCCGAAAAAAUGGCCGAAAUACACAGCUUAGAUAUACCAAUGUCAAAAGAGCCAGAAUGGUUAUGGAAUUGCAUUGAACGAUGGCUUAAAACAUUAAAUACAAUUUUGGCGCGAACGGAUUGGGGCGACAAAGCGCCGCUUGUGAACAUAGUACGCAAAUUCGACUUCCGCAAAGAAAAGACAUGGCUACGUUCGGUCAUCAAUCAGGGCCUGUAUAAAGUAGUUUUCUGCCACAAUGAUAUGCAAGAGGGCAAUAUACUCUAUGCGAACUCAAGCGGCGAUAAAGCAAAUGGAACGAGCAAUGGCACGCAUGCUGCUGAGGACAAUACAAAUAACAGUGCAAGUAUUUUGACUUGCGACAAUACUAUUGAACCAGAUUUACGAAUCAUAGACUUUGAAUACUGCGCCUAUAAUUAUCGCGGUUUCGAUUUGGCAAAUCAUUUUAUAGAAUGGACUUUCGACUAUAGUAACCCAGAUGCACCCUUCUAUUAUCACCGCAAGCAAAACUAUCCAACGAAGGCACAACGUAAACGCUUCUAUGCCGCCUACUUGCGAAAGUACAAUGAAAAUGUGCACAAUUCUGAACCCACGCAGGCCGAGUUGGAGGGCAUGGAUGCCGAAGUGCGGCUAUUCUCGAUGUUUUCGCAUCUCUUUUGGAGCGUUUGGAGUAUUGUGAUGACACUGGCGACCAUUGAGUUUGGCUACUGGGAAUAUGGCGUGGCACGCAUACGUGAAUAUCAAUUACUAAAGCGCACAUAUGAGGGUGAUAAUGUUGAGGAGGACGAUUCGUGAUAACCCCGUAUUGAGUCAAAUUUUGAAGCAAUGCGGCAAUGUUGUGAUUAACUGCACGUAUGUACAUAUAUGUACGUGUAUGUAAAUAUUUGGCUGCAAGUGGCGCCAUUUUUGGCUGACAUGCUGGUUUUCUUUCUCUCUUGAAUUGUAUUUACGAAUUUAAAUGUGGCAAAUUUAUGGCUUAAAUAGAACUCUGUACUUUUUUCGAAGUGAGAAAUGAAGAUUGGGGUAAUCGAUACGUUUUUCAUACAUAUAAGACAUAAAAUACGCAUACAUACAUACAUACAUAUUUCCUUAUACAUUAUUUACAUUUACAAAUAUACAUACAUACAUCCAUACAUGAGUAGUUAUUCUAGAUAAAGGCAUUCA